GCAUUGCUGCUUUACCUCCCUAAAGAGGAAUCAUAUUCCGGUGAGAGAGGACGCUAAUCUAUUUUUAACAUCCAACUCAGCCAAAAGAAACAGAAACAUGGACUCUCUCUACAACGCGACGGAUUUUAACGCCACCACCGGGACAAACGUCUCCGUCAACGGCAGCGGCAGCGACGGCUUCAACCAGUUCGUCCAGCCGGCGUGGCAGAUCACUCUCUGGGCCGUGGCUUACUGCAGCAUCGUCGCAGCGUCGGUGCUCGGUAACACGGUGGUCAUCUGGAUCAUUCUGGCGCACAAACGCAUGAGGACCGUCACCAACUACUUUCUGGUGAACCUGGCGUUCGCCGAGGCGGCCAUGUCAGCGUUCAACACGGUGAUCAACUUUACCUACGGCGUUCACAACGACUGGUACUUUGGUUUGGUUUACUGCCGCUUCCACAACUUCUUCCCCAUCGCAGCCAUAUUCGCCAGCAUUUACUCCAUGACGGCCAUCGCUCUGGACAGAUACAUGGCGAUCAUCCGCCCGCUGCAGCAGAGGCUGACUUCCACCGAGACCUAUGUUGUGAUCGCUGUGAUCUGGAUGCUGGCUCUGCUUCUAGCCUUCCCUCAGUACUACUUCUCAUCCACCGCGCUGCUGCCGGGACGCACCGUCUGCUACAUAGACUGGCCGGAAUACACCCCUGUGGACUUCAGGAAGAUAUACUAUGUGUGUGUGACACUGCUGAUCUACUUCCUGCCCCUUUGCAUUAUGGGAUGUGCGUACACGAUCGUGGGCGUCACCCUCUGGGCGAGUGAGAUCCCCGGAGACUCCUCUGAACACUACAAAAGCCAGCUGACUGCCAAACGCAAGGUGGUGAAGAUGAUGAUCGUGGUUGUGUGUACGUUCGCCGGCUGCUGGCUGCCGUAUCACAUCUACUUCUUACUGCACCAGUUCUUCCCCGAUUUAUUCGAGCAGCGCUACAUCCAGCAGGUGUAUCUGGCCGUCAUGUGGCUGGCCAUGAGCUCCACCAUGUACAACCCCAUCAUCUACUACUGCCUCAACAGCAGGUAG